AUGUCAAGGAAUACGCGAAGAGGCAAAGGAAUAAGAGAGCAGAAAAGAGAUGACGCUGGGCUACAUGAACCGUCGAAUAUUCUAAAUUCGAUGCUGAAGUCUUUAGACUUGACUUUUGAGAAUGACAUAGGUUUACUGAACGGUAAAUACGUGAGGUCGGUUCCUGAGAAACCGGUUUUGCAAACAACUAAAGAUCAACUAGAAAAUCUAGGAAAAUGUUUGGAGAAAAUUGCAGCUAGUGAUCAAGAGAAUUUAGACCUAAUCAAGGAAAUGCGGGAAGAUAUAAUAAGGCUCGAAGAUGAGAAACAAAAAGAGAAGGAGGAAGCAGAAGCUGCAACAAACCUUGCAGCCCAGAACGCAGAAAAUGAUUCAAUUAAUAAAAAACUUGAUGAAUCUAGCGAAGUCGUAUCGGAUAAAAGAUCAAUUACAGAAGAGAACGAGGAGACAGACAAAAGGCCACAAGAUACUAUUGAAGAAGCGGAAGUUUUAUCAUCAGAUGGUCACAUAUCAAAGAAAGCAAAGCUAGAUAUUGAUAAAAUGGAAAAUGAUCCUAACAUUAGAAACCCCAAGUCUGAAUUUGUAGUAUCUCAAACGUUACCUGCUGCUGCAAUGAGAUUAGGUUUGUUUCAAGAGGAGGGUCUUGAAGCUACUGGUGAGGAAUAUUUGAAAAAGAAAUACGGGGUAGUAAGCUAUCCUACAAAUGACUUAAAGGAACUUCUACCCGGUGAGCUGCCUGAUAUGGAUUUCUCGAAACCUAAACCCACAAACCAAAUUCAGUUUAAUACUUUUCUCUCAUCCAUCGAGGCCUUUUACAGAGAAUUCAAUGAUGACGAUAUCAAAUUCCUUCAAAACAAAUUCAUCAUGCCACAAAAUUUGCAGUUUGUGAAAUCUUAUGACCCCGAAGUGACUCCAUACACAAUUCCUAAAUUAGGACCACUAUACACAGACGUGUGGUUGAAAGAAGACAAUAAUCAAAACAUUGCGAAUCUGACUCCUCCACCUAUCAGUGAUCCUAUUAGUAUCUUGCCUAAGAAAUCAGGGAAUGACAUUUCGGAUGGUGUACUUGACAAUGAAGAAGUGUCUUGUGGCCCGCUAGUCUCAAGGCUUUUGAGUGCUAUACUGAAGGAUGAUGAUAUUAUAGCUCCUAAGGAAGAAUUACCGACAAACCCCACACUCGAUUCAUCAGUAUCAACACCAGUAAGUGAGCUUGAACAUGUUACCCCAUCAUCCUCCUCGUCAUACGGGAUAUUCAAACAACAUGGAGCGAUUGCAAACAAUUCCAAUAUUGAUUAUGUUUCUUUUGAGGAACGCUUGAAAAGGGAAUUAAAGUAUGUUGGUAUAUAUAUGAAUCUACCGAGAGAAGAAGGAAAAACACGUGAAGACCCGGAUUGGUUGACCGGAAGGGAAGAUGAUGAGAUUAGUGCUGAACUAAGAGAGCUGCAGAGUACACUACGUCAAGUGACUACUAAGAAUACCAAAAGAAAGGCAAUGCUUCUACCGUUAUUGGAGAGGAUGCUCGCAUGGCAAGAGUACUGUACCAUAUUGGACAAUCUUGAUAAGCAAGUUGACCAAGCAUAUAUCAAACGUAUUCGUGCGCCGAAAAAUAAGAAAAAGAGGCAAUAUACACCUGGGCCGGAUUCAUUAGCAACCGGAUCAACAUCUCAGGCAGCUAUUCAGGCAGCUCACCAACAAGCCGCUAACUCGAGUCUAAAAUCUUUGUUGGAUAAGAGACAAAGAUGGAUAAGCAAGAUUGGUCCUUUGUUUGACAAACCGGAAGUCAUGAAGCGUAUUCCAAGAGAUAGCGUAUUCAAGGAUAUAGACCAAGAUGAGGAAGAAGAAGAAGCAGAUGUGUUCAGCAAUAAUGCCAACGGGAAGGAAGAAGAAUUAAAUGAAACUCUACAAAAUAAAGAAGAAUAA